GACCUGCGUCAGCCUGAAUCAGCUGGGACCUCACAGCCGUUCUGGGCCGUUCUAUUUUUGUUAUCUUCCAUCCGCAGCCAAACUUAAGCAGUAGUUUAGAAUCGUGGAAACGAAGCGGGAACCGAGCCUAGGAAAAGGCUUCUUAGGACAGAGGAAGUUGUGGUCGGGCAUAAAGGCCCUGGCGUGGGAAUUUUGAGACUAGGUUUGCAAACAAAGUGGCCUCACCAAAGUUUUUCUCCUCAGUCAAGGUUUCAGAAGUCGUGCUACACUGUCUUCUCUCUCUCUCUCUCUCUCUCUCUCUCUCUCUCUCUCUCUCUCUCUCUCUCUCUCUCUCUGAGAGAGAGCGGAGAAGACUGUGUUGGACAGCGAGAGUAUAGAACUGCAAUUAAUACUUAGAAUUCUCUGCUAAAGCAAACAAUUCCAAAGCAGACCUGUAUGUGAUUCUUCUCAGCACACAGUUUAGGAGAACCGUUUAGGUGUCAAUGCCAGGCCACUAAGUUACCGCUGUCAUCAAUAUUAUUAGCAUACUGAUAAUGAAUGAAAAUUAAUGACUACUUAAUUGUGGUGACGGCAGAACCAAGAGUGAAUUCUGAAAAGGUCAACAUUCAUAAUUAAAGACAUCUAUUUGUAUAGUACCUUAAAGUGUACAAAACACUCCCGAGUGCCCCUCAUAAGUAUGCACUAUUCACCUUUAACAAAUGAGAGCCAGUCACGUGCCUUACUUUUAUUUUAUUAUUAAAAAUUUCUGCCUCCUCCCAUCCCCCCAUUUCCCUUCCACUCGCCCUCCCUCUCCAGUCCUAAGAGAAGUCAGGAUGCCCUGCCCUGUGGGAAGUCCAAGACCCUCCCCCCUCUAUCCAGGUCUAGGAAGGAGUGCAUCCAAGCAGACUAGGCUCCCAAAAAGCCAGUGCAUGCAGUAGAAUCAUUAUCAUUGGCUUCUCAGUCCGCCCUCAUUGUCAGCCACAUUCAGAGAGUCCGGUUUGAUCACAUGCUUGUUCAGUCCCAGUCCAGCUGGCCUUGGUGAGCUCCCAUUAGAUCAGUCACACCGUCUCCGUGGGUGGACACACACCCACCUUGCGGUCCUGACUUCCUUGCUCAUAUUCUCCCUCCUUCUGCUCUUCAUCUGGGCCUUGGGAGCUCAGUCCAGUGCUCCAGUGUGGGUCUCUGUCUCUAUCUCCAUCCAUCGCCAGAUGAAGGUUCUAUGAUGAUGUGCAAGAUAUUCAUCAGUGUGGCUAUGGGAGAAGGCCAGUUCAGGCACUCUCUCCUCAGCUGUCCAAGGACCUAGCUGAGGAAAUCCCCUUAGACACCUGGGAACCGCUCUAGAGUCAAGUCUCUUGCCAACUGUAAAAUGGCUCCCUUAGUUAAGAUAUCUUCUUCCCUGCUCCCAUAUCGACCCUUCCUCCAUCUCAACCAUCCCAUUCCCCCAAGCUCUCCCCAAUCCUCCCCUUCUCCCUUCUCUCUCCCCAUCUCCCCUUCCUCCCAACCCCCUCCCCCACCCCCGUGCUCCCAACUUUUGCCCGGCGAUCUUGUCUACUUCCAAUAUCCAGGAGGAUAAAUGUAUGUUUUUCUUUGGGUUCACCUUUUUAUUUAGCUUCUCUAGGAUCUCACGUGUCUUAUUCUUGAGCCUGGGGCAUGACAAUCACAAGUUCAAGACCAGCCGAGGCUCUAAGAGGAGGCGUUGCAAUUGAUAGAGUAAUGCAGUUCUUAAAGAUGCGCCUUUGUACUGGGAACACCACUGUUAACGUGAUUUUAUUGUCGUGAGAAUAUCAUCGGUGUCUAUGCACAUCUGUACAGUGUAGACUACGGCACGGCUGGGCCUAUCUGGAAUAUGCUGCCUGCUGACUUAGCGUGCUGUUUCACAGUGGAAGUUAGGUAAUCAGAAGUCAUGGAAGGCAUGCCGUCCCGCUCCAUCAGCUCCACUCUGUUCCAGCAGGAAGACCAGCACGGGAUCACCUACCGGAUCCCAGCCCUGCUCUACAUCCCUCCCAGCCACACCUUCCUGGCCUUCGCAGAGAAGCGGUCCACAAGCAAAGACGUGGAUGCCCUCUACCUGGUGCUCAGGCGAGGGGUGAUGGAUGGCCACUCUGUACAGUGGGGACCCCUGCAGCCACUGAUGGAAGCCACAUUACCUGGGCAUCGGACCAUGAACCCCUGCCCUGUGUGGGAGCAGAAUACCGGCCGCGUGUACCUGUUUUUCAUCUGUGUGCGGGACCAUGUCACUGAGCUUCAGCAGAUUAGGUCAGGCAGGAAUGCUGCCCGUCUCUGCUUCAUUUGCAGUCAGGACGCUGGGUGCUCGUGGGGUGAAGUGAAGGACUUGACCGAGGAGGUCAUUGGCUCAGAGGUGAAGCACUGGGCCACGUUCGCGGUGGGCCCUGGUCACGGCAUCCAGCUGCAGUCAGGAAGGCUGAUCAUCCCUGCUUAUGCCUACUAUUUCUCACGCCGGUUCUUCUGCUUUCCGUGUUCGGUCAAAGCCCAUUCCCUGAUGUUCUACAGUGAUGACUCAGGAGUCACCUGGCACCAUGGCAAGCUCAUUGGGCCCCAGGUGACAGCGGAGUGCCAAGUGGCGGAAGUGGUUGGGAGAACUGGUAACUUUGUGCUUUACUGCAAUGCCCGGACGCCAAACGGAUUCCGAGCAGAAUCCUUUAGCACUGAUUACGGUGACUGCUUUCAGAAAGCAACCCUGAACCCACAACUCUAUGAGCCCUGCUGUGGCUGCCAAGGCAGUGUAGUGAGUUUCCAGCCCUUGAAGAUGCUGCACUUGCAAGACCCAAGUGGUAAAGAUGCACCCGAUACUCAGAAGCGCCCUCUGCUGGACAGUUUUCUGGAGCGGGAGGAAGGAGCUGGAACCCCAUCAAGAACGUGGCUCUUGUACUCACAUCCAACUAGCAAGAAGCGGAGAAUUAACCUGGGCGUCUACUACAAUCGGAACCCCUUGGAGGGAACCAGCUGGUCCCGCCCCUGGAUCUUGCACCGUGGGCCCUGUGGCUACUCUGAUCUGGCUGUUGUGGAAAAACAGGGCUUAUUUGCAUGUUUGUUUGAGUGUGGGCAGAAGCAUGAGUGUGAGCAGAUUGCCUUCCGUCUGUUUUCAGAUCAGGAGGUCCUGAGCUGUGAAGACUGUAACAGCCCUAGUAGGAGCUAAAGCCAAAUCUAGACUGAUGGGGGAGGAGCCAACUUUCCACAGAAGGCAAUGGCAGCUACAGCCAGGAUAACAGAGGUCUCUGAUGUCUACAGAAAAUUAAAAAACUAAUAUUUUGCUGUUUCCAUUUUUUUUUCACUUUUCCCUUUCCAAUGAGCCUAGAGAAAAUCGUGCCUUACCGUACACAGCAAUAAGACUAUGGAACUGGGAGUUUGGAGACCACGAUGUGGUUUGGGUUCUGCUGCUGGCUUGCUUUAGGACUGUGGAUGAUGUAUCCCCCGAACUCUCUGGACAUCAGGUCUCCAUUGUAAAAUGAGAAGGUUGGCCUGUGGCUUCUUGUCCUCCCAUUGAAAGGAGAGACCGAGUGCUGCUUCUUGUCCCACAAACCCUGGAGUCUGAUCGUGAAUGGAAGCCAGAGACUUAUCUUCUCAAAUGGCUCACUGCUCACUUGAAUAUGAAGUGACCAUAGGUGCUUUGACCAGAAGAUGUGCAUCGUUCUAUUUUUAGAACGCCCUUAUCCUCCUAAUCAUACCCUAGCUCUUCAAGUUCUCUAUCCUGGAAGAACUGAGAGAGCAGAACCAUGAAGUCGGCUGCUUUCCCCGGCAUUGCUGCUAUGUUCAACACCCCCCCUUCCUCAUCCAGGAAACAUUUCCCAGGGAGAAAUGAGAAACCCCUGCCAGCUGCCCUUGAUAAUGGUGCUGAUUGCUUUUGAUGCCAUUAAAGAUGAAUCUGAGGGGCCUGAAAGAUGGCUCCAUGGUUAAGA